GCCCGUCCGACUCGCGAUUCGUGUGUACUGUUCUCGUUUUUUUGUUUUUUCCCCUCUUGCUCUCUUUCUCUCUCUCUUUCGCGCGCACGUUACAGCCGAUACAGUCGAGGCUGAACGGUCUGAGAGGAGGCAGAGAAGAGUCGUUAUUCAGGACUCAGAACGCCCUUCUCCCUCCGUCAGACAGCUCGCAGUGGGAUCCCUCAGGAUCGGGCCGGGGUGGUGCCGUUUCGUACAUACGAUAUUGCCCUUCUCAAAGCCGACUGAUCGCGAGGGUCGGACUAAUAAUUCCGUUGUGAAUCGAACUGUCACAGUGAUUGAGAUCGCGAUAAACAUCCUGCGGAACUUCUGGCGGGAUAAGUUUCUCACCCGAGCGAAAAAAAAAGGAGGACUCGGUGUAACGAUUUUAUUGAUAGGGCAAUCGAACUGAUUAUUGAUAAUCGACUAUUGACAAUUGUGCGAAGGAUCUAUCUAUCCUCUCUUACGGCUGAGUGCUGACCGGCGAGAAGGAAGGCAUUCUUCAGGAGCGAUCUGCCUGGCGUGGUGCACCUAAUUUCUACCGAUUAAGAUUAUGAGUUCCGAGCCGUGGACCUUGCCUCCGAAGCAAGGUCUAUAUGACCCUACUCUCGAACGGGAGGCUUGCGGCGUUGGCUUUAUCGUCGCCAUUGACGGGAAGAGGUCGCACAAGAUCAUUCGAGAUGCUCAGAUACUGUCGGCGCGAAUGAAUCAUAGAGGGGCAUGCGCCUGUGAUAAUGACACUGGUGACGGUGCCGGUGUGCUUUGCGCAAUACCGCACGAUUACUAUGCCAAUGAAAUUCGCCAACAGCAAAAUAUUCAACUACCCGAGUUCGGACGAUACGCGACCGGUAUCUUAUUCCUCGAUAAGAACACCCAUAAAGAAGCAGAAGCCGCGUUCGAGAAGCUAGCUAAGGAGUGCAACUUAAAAGUGCUGUGUUGGCGUAAUGUUCCCACCGACAGCACCCAGAUUGGCCAAGUGGCGAAGAAGUGCGAGCCGUACAUGCGACAAGUGUUCGUUACCGGCGAUCAAGAUGCGGAAACGCUUAAACGACAGAUUUUCGUGCUGAGAAAGAGAUCGUCGCAUUCAAUCCGGCGGCCGGAAUUGCGAUAUUACAUUUGCUCGUUGUCGUUGAAGACGGUCGUCUACAAAGGUCAGCUCACCGCUGAUCAGUUAUGGCUGUAUUUCACGGACUUGAAGUCACCGAAAUUCGAGACCUAUCUGGCACUGGUACACACACGGUUCUCCACAAAUACUUUUCCGAGUUGGGAAAGAGCGCAUCCUUUACGCUUACUUGCUCACAACGGUGAAAUUAAUACCCUGCGCGGCAAUGUGAACUUCAUGAAGGCGCGGGAGGGCGUGAUGAGCAGCCAAAUAUACGGCGACCAGCUAAAAUUGCUCUAUCCAGUUGUAGAGCCGAAUCUCUCUGACUCUGGAUCGGCAGACUGUGUGCUCGAGUUCUUGGUGAUGGCAGGACAACGCUCCUUGCCCGAGGCUGUCUUGACGAUGGUACCAGAGGCUUGGCAGAAUGACUUGACAAUGGCCACUGAAAAGCGGGACUUCUACCACUGGGCGGCGUGCGCCAUGGAACCCUGGGACGGCCCGGCUCUUCUCACCUUCACCGACGGCCGCUACGUCGGCGCUAUCUUGGACAGAAACGGCCUGCGCCCGUCGCGCUUCUACGUCACUAAGGAUAACAUGAUGGUGAUGGCGUCCGAAGUGGGCGUCUAUGAUACUCCGCCCAGCAAUGUAGUCCUGAAGAGUCGCUUGAAGCCCGGCCGGAUGCUUCUCGUUGACACCGAAGAGAAGAGGAUCAUACAGGAUGUCGAGCUGAAGUUGCAGAUCGCUCGAAGCAGACCUCAUUCCAAAUGGCUCAAAGAACAGAUGAUCACCAUCGAUGAAUUGCGUGCUGCACAUGCUCAUAACAAUAGUGCAGGGAACGGAAUCGAGAAUAAUCAAUCCGCCCAGAUGGCUGUCGCAAAAAAGAAUGCUAUCAACGAUGGAGCAAACGAGGUUUCGGCCGUGAAUAAAGUUUGGAGCGGCGACAAACGGCUCUCUCUUUACGGCUACACUCUGGAGACUAUCAAUUUACUACUUCUGCCCAUGGUGGAAACUAAAAAAGAAGCGUUAGGAUCUAUGGGUAACGACGCUCCCCUGGCGUGCUUGUCGGAAUUCCAGCCGUUGGUGUACGAUUACUUUAAGCAAUUAUUCGCGCAGGUAACGAAUCCACCGAUCGAUCCGUUCCGCGAAAAGAUCGUGAUGUCGAUGCUCUGCCCGAUUGGGCCCGAGAGUAACAUUCUGGAGCCGAACGAGUCGCAAGUGCAUCGCCUAUUCUUGCCCCAACCGAUAUUGUCUCUAAAUGAUCUUGAGGUUCUCAAGCACACGACUCAUCGCAAUUGGAGAACAAAAGUGAUCGACAUCACUUACCCUAUUGAAUACGGGCCUGGCGGAUUAUUGAAGACGCUGAAUCACGUUAACAAUGAGGCUAAUGCGGCCGCUAGGGAUGGUUAUCAGCUGCUCGUGUUAUCCGAUCGACAAGGUGGUCCGACAAGAGUUCCGAUAAGCAGCCUGCUAGCGCUGGGCGCUGUUCAUCAUCAUUUGAUCGAAGAGAGACAGCGAAUGAAGGUCGGUCUCAUAUUGGAAACCGCCGAGGCUCGAGAGGUGCAUCAUAUUUGCGUGCUACUUGGCUACGGAGCGGAUGCCAUAUGUCCUUACUUAGUAUUUGAGAUGGCGAAAAAUCUAAGAGCGGAUCACGUUUUCGAUGAAACCUUUACCGACGAAGUUAUUUACAAGAAUUACUCAGAAGCUACCGAGCGAGGAAUCGCGAAAGUGAUGGCCAAGAUGGGAAUCUCGACUUUGCAGUCUUACAAAGGAGCGCAGAUAUUCGAAGCAGUUGGAUUGGCCGAUGAAGUCAUCGAUAAAUGUUUCAAAGGCACUCAUUCUCGUAUUAGUGGUGUGACGUUCGAUAUUUUGGGCAAGGAGACGUUCGAGAGACAUCAAAUAACAUACUGGGACAAACCAAUGGAUUUGCUGGUCAUUCGCAAUCCAGGAAUUUAUCAUUGGCGAUCCGGUGGCGAGAAACAUAUUAAUGAUCCUGCUAGCAUCGCUAGCUUACAGGAAUAUGUUGUGUCCAAAAACAACCCUGCUUAUGAGAAUUAUCGCAAGACCACGAUGGAAGUGGUGAAAGCUUGCACUCUGCGCGGCCAACUUGAACUGAAGAAAUUACGCGAUCCGAUUGCUAUCACGGACGUGGAACCCGCAUCGGAAAUCGUGAAACGCUUCGCGACCGGCGCGAUGAGUUUCGGCAGUAUCUCUCUGGAAGCUCACGCUACCCUGGCAAUCGCUAUGAACCGCAUCGGUGGCAAGUCGAACACCGGCGAAGGUGGCGAAAACGCAGACAGAUAUCUGAAUCAGGACCCGGAGUUUAGCAAGCGUUCGUCCAUCAAACAGGUGGCAAGUGGUCGCUUUGGCGUUACUGCCAGUUACCUGGCGAACGCAGACGACUUGCAGAUCAAGAUGGCGCAGGGCGCGAAACCCGGCGAGGGCGGCGAGUUGCCCGGUUAUAAGGUCACCGCGGAGAUUGCCGCGACUAGGCACUCGGUACCCGGGGUCGGUUUGAUUUCACCGCCACCGCAUCACGACAUCUAUUCGAUCGAGGAUCUGGCCGAGUUGAUUUACGAUCUUAAGUGCGCCAAUCCGAACGCCCGUAUCUCCGUCAAACUCGUAUCUGAGGUCGGGGUGGGCGUCGUCGCUGCCGGCGUCGCCAAGGGUAAAGCCGAACACGUGGUGAUAUCCGGCCACGACGGCGGCACUGGCGCCAGCAGCUGGACCGGCAUCAAGUCCGCCGGAUUGCCUUGGGAAUUAGGCAUCGCCGAGACGCAUCAGGUGCUGACCCUGAACAAUUUGAGGUCGCGCAUGAUCGUCCAGGCGGACGGCCAGAUGCGCACAGGUUUCGACAUCGUGGUGGCCGCGCUGCUUGGUGCGGACGAAUUCGGCUUCAGCACCGCUCCACUGAUCGCAAUGGGCUGCACAAUGAUGAGAAAGUGCCACCUGAACACUUGCCCAGUGGGCAUCGCCACGCAAGAUCCGAUAUUGCGAAAGAAAUUCGAGGGCAAGCCGGAGCAUGUAAUCAAUUUCUUCUUUGCGUUGGCUGAAGAGGUACGUUCGCAUAUGGCAAACUUGGGCAUUCGCAAGUUCCAAGAUCUGAUUGGACGCACAGACCUCCUUAAAGUACGAGACGAUAUCUCUGUUGAGAAAGCCAAGACCCUGAAUCUUAGCAAUAUCUUGCGAAACGCGCUAGAUUUAAGGCCCGGCGUGAAUAUCAGGGGCGGUACCGUAAAGCAAGACUUCCAGUUGGAGAACAGACUCGAUAAUAAACUAAUUGAACUAGCCAAGCCUGUUUUGAACGGAGUACACACUCGAGUCGACAUCGAAAUGAACAUCAACAAUGAAUGUAGGGCAUUUGGAUCGACGCUGAGUUAUCAUGUAGCUAAACGAUUUGGAGAGGCUGGAUUGCCCGAAAAUAGCAUUAAUAUCAAGAUGCGAGGCUCUGCGGGUCAGAGUUUCUGCGCUUUCAUGGCGAAGGGUAUUCAUGUCACCCUUGAAGGCGACGCUAACGAUUAUGUCGGCAAAGGUCUCUGCGGAGGUGAAAUCGUCAUAUACCCGCCGAAAGACUCCGAAUUCAACUCGGAGGCGAACGUAAUCGUCGGGAAUGUCUGCCUUUACGGAGCUACUUCCGGAAAGGCCUACUUCCGCGGUAUCGCUGCCGAGAGAUUCAGCGUACGUAACAGCGGGGCGAUCGUCGUGGUGGAGGGUGUGGGUGAUCACGGUUGCGAAUACAUGACCGGCGGCUGCGCCUUGAUCCUGGGUCUCACCGGUAGAAACUUCGCGGCCGGAAUGUCCGGUGGAAUCGCGUACGUCUUGGACGUCGACGGCUCUUUCAAGAGCAAGUGCAAUCCCGAGAUGGUGGAGCUGCUGCCGCUCAACAAGCCAGAAGAAAUCGCCUAUGUGAAGCAACUGCUGGAGGAAUUCAUCGAGAAGACCGGCUCGCUGAUCGCGCAAGACUUGCUCGCCACGUGGCCGGAACCGACCACGAGAUUCGUCAAGGUCUUCCCUUACGAGUAUCAGCGAGCUCUCAAACAGCUGGAGGAGGCAAAGCUAGAAACGCCGAAUGUGAUUAACGGUAACGCGCAGAUGACGAAUGGCAAGAUCAAAGAUAUAGAGGAUUCGAUAGAGGACGCGGACAUGGCACAGCGAAAGUUGGACAAAAUCAAGGGCUUCAUGAAGUAUCAACGGCAGAAGGCCAUGUACAGACCGGUCGAGAAGCGCGUAGUCGACUGGGAUGAGAUAUACAAUUUCCAGGGUGUUAGAAAGACUCUGCGCGUGCAAGCUGCAAGGUGCAUGGAGUGCGGUGUACCGUUCUGUCAGAGCAGUCACGGUUGCCCGUUGGGCAACAUCAUUCCUAAGUGGAACGAUCUCGUAUUCCAUCAAAACUGGAAGGAGGCCUUGAAUCAACUGUUGCAAACUAAUAAUUUCCCUGAGUUCACUGGAAGGGUCUGCCCCGCACCUUGCGAGGGUGCAUGCGUCCUAGGAAUUUCCGAACCACCGGUAACGAUCAAGAAUAUCGAGUGCGCCAUAAUCGAUCACGCGUUCGAGCAAGGUUGGAUCGUGCCUCAUCCGCCGACCAGAAGAACCGGGCGGUUAGUAGCGGUGAUCGGAUCCGGUCCCGCGGGAUUGGCCGCCGCUCAUCAGCUGAACAAGGCGGGGCACACAGUGACCGUGUUCGAGAGAAACGACAGAAUCGGCGGGUUGCUGCAAUAUGGCAUACCGACGAUGAAGUUGUCUAAACAGGUCGUACAGAGAAGAGUCUCUCUGCUCGCCGCGGAAGGGAUCAUCUUCAGAACGAAUGUCGAUGUAGGCAAGGAUAUUACAAUGCAGGAACUUCAGGAACAGUACGACGCGAUAAUGUUAUGUACGGGCGCGACAUGGCCGCGUGAUCUGCCGAUUCCAGGUCGGCAGCUGGAGGGAAUUCAUUUUGCCGUGAGCUUCCUAGAGCACUGGCAGAAGAAGCAAAUGGGUAACAAAGCGCCCCUGGAUAUGCGGCUGAUAGCCAAGGGCAAGGACGUUGUCAUCAUAGGAGGCGGCGACACCGGAUGCGAUUGUAUAGCGACCUCGCUUCGUCAGGGCGCGAAGACAAUUACGACCUUCGAAAUCUUGCCCGAGCCGCCAGUCCAGAGGGGCAAAGAUAAUCCGUGGCCUCAAUUCCCACGAGUGUUCAAAGUUGACUACGGUCACGAGGAAGUGUCUCUAAAAUUCGGCCGUGAUCCGCGUAGAUACAGUACGCUGAGCAAGGAAUUCCUGGAUGACGGAAAUGGCCACGUGAGUGGCAUCAGGACGGUGACUGUGGAUUGGCGAAAGGACGAGAAUGGUCGAUGGAAAAUGGAGGAAGUACCAAAUUCGGAGAAAGUGUACAAGUGCGACCUGGUAUUACUCGCCAUGGGUUUCCUCGGGCCGGAGAAGUACAUCGCCACAGAAGUGAACGCCGAAUUGGACGAAAGAGGAAACUACAAGACUCCAGCCGGGAAAUAUUGUACUAGUUUAUCUAAAAUAUAUGCGGCAGGCGAUUGCAGACGUGGACAGUCUCUCGUGGUAUGGGCGAUCGCAGAAGGCAGGUUAGCCGCGAAGGAAGUUGAUUUGGCCUUGAUGGGGGAAACCGGCCUUCCCGGAAGCGGUGGUGUCAUAAUCGGCGUUAGCGCUUAAAGACCUUCACGAUGGAUGUUGGUCUUCCAAUUAAAACAAGAAAAGAUCCACCGUGCACGCGUACCGCGAGGAAGGAGUCGUAUCGACUGUUAGAAGGCAAGGGGAGAAUCCUUGGAGAUCCAAGGAUGCGAGCUCCGGGAUCCGAGGAUUCGAAAGUUCCAUGAAUCCAAGAAGAUACAAGCCUAGAAUUGUAGAGUUCAGAAAUCCAUGAGUCCGAGAAGAGGAUGUUAACAUUCGGAAAUCCACGGAUUCAAACUUCCAGCAAUCCAAUGAUUUAUAGCCUCUAGGAUGUGGAGAUCAGAGAAUUCUCCUAGGAAUUAAUGAAUUUGAAAUUUAAAGAAUUGAACAUCCAAAAAUCAUGAGAACCUAAAGAUCAGAAAAGUCGCGUGUCCGAAUUUUAAGACAUCUAAGAACUAGGUCUUAAGGUUCAAAAAAUCGAAUAUUCAAGAGUCGAGCAACGAGAAUAUUAGAAAAACAAAUUCCGGCUUUCACAUAUUAAAGAUUAGACAAAAAUUAAAGAUUUCAAAAUAUAAAGAAAUAAAGGAUUACAAAUAUAUGUAACUCAAAAUUUCUCUUUCA